CGCUGGGGCUCUUGGGGACGAUGGAAGGCUGGGGAGUGUUCAAAACAGUGUGGAUCUGGCUUAUCGCGCAGAACUCGUAUACGCAAAAAGCUACCUGCCAGUUAUGGAACAUGUACAGGGAGCAACGUACAAACAGAAACUGUGAUUUGUAAUACAAAAUCCUGCACUGUACAAGGAGGAUGUCCACAAAGGAGUAAUCGACGAUAUGGGUUCUAUCCGCCAUGGUGCUGUGUCAAUGGUAUCUGGCACCAGCCGUAUCAAAACCAUCUUUACAAAUGCGAGAAGAUCUCUGAUGGCAUUGAGAUCACGAAAUCGUGCCCAAAUGGUGAAACGUUCAAGAUAUUUUCGUGGAAUUCCUGCUGUUGUGUUAAAGACGGAGAGGGUGCCUGUUGCAAAUGGGGUGAAUGGGGCCAGUGGCAAUACCAACGAUGUUCUACGACAUGCGGAUCCGGAAAGAGAUAUAAAAGUAGAACACGAACAGGAGGUCCAGGAUGCCUGGGAGAUUCUAUUGAAACUGAAUUGAUCGACUGUGACCUACCUCCUUGUCCAGUUGGUUGUAAGUGGAGUGAAUUUGGACCUUGGUCUACAUACUCAUCAUGUACCGUGACUUGUGGCAGUGGAACUAUUGUUAAACGACGUACACGAACAAAACAACAAGUACCCUACGGAGGCUCUCGAUAUUGUAUUGGAAAAUCUUAUGAAGAUAGAACUUUCACGUGUAGCAACCCAUCGCGCUAUGGCUGCAAAUGGAGCGCAUGGACGCCUUGGCAAUAUCGACAAUGUUCUACAAGUUGCGGCAGUGGAAGGAGAUACAAAAGUAGAACACGAUCAAAACUUAAAGUACAAGGGGGUUCAGGAUGCCCGGGUGCAUCUAUUGAAACAGGAUAUAUGAACUGUGACAACCCUCCUUGUGGCUGUAGGUACAAUGGACGAUUCUAUGCGGAAGGAAGCUCAUUCCCGUCAUCUGAUGGAUGCAACACGUGUACGUGUAGAAGAGGAAACGUUGGGUGCACUGAGAAAUUGUGUGG